AUGGCAUUGACAAGAAGCAGCCAGUUCACUCUCACUGGGAUAACCACCCCUCUUCUCUAUCACCACCUGAAUAAAGCUCGGCGGGAGGGCGAAGGGGGAACAAUAGAGACGGAGGCUCCGUCGAGUGCAAGGGACCCGCAUGAAGAACAUGAGCCCAUCCCGCGGCCCCCGGGCCCGAGCCCAUCCCGCGGCCCCCGGGCCCGAGCCCAUCCCGCGGCCCCCGGGCCCGAGCCCAUCCCGCGGCCCCCGGGCCCGAGCCCAUCCCGCGGCCCCCGGGCCCGAGCCCAUCCCGCGGCCCCCGGGCCCGAGCCCAUCCCGCGGCCCCCGGGCCCGAGCCCAUCCCGCGGCCCCCGGGCCCGAGCCCAUCCCGCGGCCCCCGGGCCCGAGCCCAUCCCGCGGCCCCCGGGCCCGAGCCCAUCCCGCGGCCCCCGGGCCCGAGCCCAUCCCGCGGCCCCCGGGCCCGAGCCCAUCCCGCGGCCCCCGGGCCCGAGCCCAUCCCGCGGCCCCCGGGCCCGAGCCCAUCCCGCGGCCCCCGGGCCCGAGCCCAUCCCGCGGCCCCCGAGCCCGAGCCCAUCCCGCGGCGCCCGGGCCCGAGUCCAUCCAGCGGGUCGGUGUCCAACUCGCGGGUCAAGAGCUGGGAGUCGGUGCCAGCGUUUACCUAAGUCUCGCUCUGGCCUCGGCUUUCGCUCUCAAUCCAGCUGCAUCAGCCGGGCGAUGAAAAAGGCCUUUUCACAGCAACUUCCGCUGCCGGCAAACAGCUCCGGACCUCGCGGCUCAGCUCAGCAGCACCGCCCCGUUUCCCCUCCCCCGCUGCCGCCCCUAGCGGCUCAGCUCAGCAGCACCGUCCCGUUUCCCCUCCCCCGCUGCUACCCCUAG